AUGUUCUGUGCCGCAACUGGGUACGGUGGCACCGUCCAGGAGGGCGCAAGCGUGGAGGCCAAGCUCCGAGCCAGGGAGGAGAACCCGAAUGCAGAGGUGGAGACGGCGGCUGCUGCCCGCCAACUCACCGUCAGCUUCAACGCCGAUGUCUCGGACGGCAUGCCCUGGAAGUUUGUUCCCACGCAGCGCAGCAUCAAGAUUCGACCUGGGGAGUCUUCACUGGCGUUCUACACGGCCACAAACCUCAGCGACCAUGCCAUCACAGGAGAACAGAAGCUGAGGCCGGGCGAGUCCAUCGACAUGCCCAUCUUCUUCUACGUGGACCCAGAAUACGCCACAGACCCGCGCCUGAAGCAUAUCAAUGCCCUCACGCUCUCCUACACCUUUUUCAAAGUGUCCGAGGACGAGGUUGAGGCGGGUGAGGAAGGCUUGCCGGCAGCGGCCCCCCUUCCUUCCGGGGCCCCCGCAACGCGAGUGACGGCUUGA